CAAAUUCCAGCUUGCAAGUCUCUUGCCUGCACAUCGUUAGAUCCUCGGUUUGCAAGUGCCUGCAAACUGAUCCCCAAUCAAGAUGCGUAGAGGUAGAGCUGGAGCCGGAGCUGCGGGUGGCCAGCACAAGAGCGCCGUCGAGCGGGACCUCUCGUCUGCGCUCACAUCGAUCAGGGCUGGCCAGGCCCUGCAACGGCACCUCGUCGACAGACUCGGCUCCAGCCGCGAGGAAAUGUGUAAAAUGGAGCAGUCGCCCGAAAACAACGCGGCUGUGCUCGCGCUCUUGGGCUGGGCGACACGCGAGGCGAUGUCAUGUGCUGCCCAGGCGCAGGAGGACACGCAGGAACGCCCGCAGCGGCCGCGCUCCGGGGCGUCAGAGGAGGAGCUCUCGCGGCUGCUGCAGCUGGUAUCUUCAGCCAUGGCGCCGAUGGCUCUGCUAACUGACAUCAAGUCCAGUUCGGAGCUGGGGCAGGCUGUGGCGCGCACACAGCUGCCGCAGGCGUUGGCGAGUCUGCUCACGGCUCUCUUCCCGCCCGGCUUCAGGUGCUGCGGCGGGGGUGGGGGUGCCAGUGGCAACAGCAGAGGUGACAGCAGUGGCGGCGGUAGCGCGGGCGUUGGCAGCGCCGGCCUGAGGAUGCGGCUGGACCUGCUCGUGUAUGCAGCGGGCCUGACCUCAGGCCUGUGGUCAGCGGCUGCACAUCGCGUACCCGAGCUGGUGACAUGCCUCCGGGAGAGCCAGCUGCUAGAAUGCAUAGCAGCCGCCCUGCUGCGGGCGCCGGCUGCGGAGUGCGGCCAGCAGCAGCACCAGCGCAGCGGUGGCGCAGGCGCCGGGCCCUCAACUUCUGGCAGCCACCGCAACGGCGGUACCGGCAGCAGCUGCUACGUGGCUUGGCUCCGGAGCGGCAAACAAGCCAAGCAGCUCUGGCUCACGCUACGAACGAUGACAAAGAGUGUGGUCACUAUGACUGCGCCCACCAUCCCGCCCCGGACGUGGGUUAUGCCGGAAAACAUGCAAGCCAUCGCUGGAGACCUUCCGCAGUGCCGCGAGGCGCUGUCGGGUCCGGCCGUGCAGCUGUGGCUGGGGCGGACGCUGGUGGCGGAGACCCACAGGUGCCUGGCAGAGGCGGAGGAGGAGGCAGCAGAGGCGGUCGGCGGCCGCGCGGCCGGCGGCUCAGCGGCGGACAGCUCGGGAGCGGCGGCGGUGCUGACCGGGGACGUGCAGCAGCAGCAGCAACAGUGGUUCGCGCUCCCAGAGUCCUUACGCUCCGGCGGUCUGCCGCUGCCAAGGGAACGCAGCAACACGGCUGACCUGUUGAUGGAUGUUGUGGAGUCGGUCGGGGCUGUGUGGGACUUCACGGUAUCGGGGCCGCGCCUGCCGCGCCUGGGGCAGCAACCGCAAAAGGCCUUCUUUGAAAGGCAUCCUGCCGGAGGGGCAAUGCGCAAGGUGAUAGGCGGCGUCGGCACGCCUGCAGAGGCGGCUGCCGUGGCGGCGGCAGAGGCCCAGCUACCGCCGCUGCACCCGCCGUCGUACACGGCCGUGCAGGUAUACGAGAUGACUCAUGCGGCCCUGACGGCGGCGCUGGACCACGCGCCCGCCGAGGCCGUGUGCCUCCACGCGCCGUCGCUGCUUGCGCGCUUGGUGAUGGAGCUGCCGCCGAGUCAGGCGGCGGCGCGUCUGCCGAGCCUGUGGCGCACGCUGUCGCGUGUGCUGCCGCGUCUGGCGUGCGGCGGCACUGGCGCCCCCAGCGUGGCCUUCGGCAUGAUGUCCCAAGGCCCCUUCUGGGACUCUGUGGCAGUGUGCCGGUCGGAGUCCACACGCCUAUGCAGCUUCCACCUCGGCAUGCUUCUACAGCUGCAGCUGACGUCAGCUGGGCGGGCGGCUUCAGCAGACUCGGCGGCGGCGAAUGCAGCCACUGCAGUCGGAGGGGCGGGGCCGGGGCCGGACUUCAGCUUGCGCUGCGCUCUGAGCGGUGGUCUGCUGCCCGCCAUAGAGGCCCUGCUGCGGCGGCUGUGCAGGACUGCCGCACAGGCGACGGCGGGGCCCAGCGAGGCAGCAGGCUUCGUGGAUGCAGCGCAGCAAGCGUCGUACACGGUGCACAUUCUGCUGCGCUGCUCUGGCGUAUGGCCGGCUGUGCUGGCGUACGGGCCGCCGCAGCAGGUGGCGUCGCUGGUUCGCACCAUGGGCAAGGCGCUGGCAGUAGUCGGCGACACGUUCGCUGCGCUUCGGCAGCGGCCGCAGCUGCUGGGGCCGGCAACGCAGAUGGCGCGCGCGGCGAGGGGCAACACCAUGGGGCAGGCAAACUUUUUUUCCGCGCUAGUCGCGCUGCUGGAGCAGGCGUCUGUCAUGGCGGAGCAAGGGAUGGUCUUCCAUGGCCUCCGGGGCUAUCCGGACGCGGCUGUGGCGGCUGCUCGGGCUGACCAGCAUCGACAGGAGCGGAGUAUGAUGAUCAAUGACGCUAUUGCAAAGGACCCGUUCACGCUGGACAUCGACUGGGUCGCCGCCGUGGGCGGCUGCCCCUCCGCCGACACCGCGGCGGCGCGCAAGCAGCAGACACUGGCAAGCUGGGCGGUGCAGCAGUGGGUGCCGGAGAUGCUGCGACAGGUGGAAAGGGACGGCCCCACAGCCGUAAACCGUGUGUACGCUGUCGGCCAUCUGCAAGACAUGGUUUACAGGGCCCUAUGGCCGGUGAUGCGUGAGCACCUGCUAGCGGGCCAUGGCACGGCCGCAGCAUCAACCGCUGCCCCCUGCCCGCCCGGCGCCGCAGCCAGCGCCGUGGACUGGCGGCACUUCCUGCUAGACCGCCUGGACGCUUUGAGCUGGACGGAGCGACUUCUGGCGAGGGUGGCAGACGCAACGCCAACGGCUGACGAUAUAAACGAAGGGCCCUGGUUCGUGCGGCUGGGGCUGUCGCUCCUAGCCGUCAGCGAGCUGCCUGGGGGGGUGGAGGCGUGCGAUGCCGCGGCCAGCGCGGGGGGCUGCAAAGCAGCCGCGGGCAGCAGCAGUGUCGCGGCAGCGGCGUCGGGGAAGCUGCAGGCAGGAGGGGUGGCUGGGGUCAACAGCACCAGCAGGCAGCAGCAGCGGCGGCAGCAGCAGCAGCGCAUGCUGCAGCACCUGCGCCGGAUGUUACCUUACGUGGACGCGGGCUGGGCCGCGACUAUAACCCAUGUGGAGCUGUCGCUGCAAGCGGUGUGGGAGCAAGUGGAGGCAGUCGGGCUUCACCCCAGCGACACCACGGCGGCUGGCACCGCUGCUGCUGUUGCUGUGGACCCGCCGCCGCUCGUCUACAAGGUGCCAGAGCGGCUUCUUAAGGAAUUGACAGCUGGGAGGAACCGGUAUGUGGUGGUAUGGAGCAGCGUGCCCUUGGCCCCGGGUACGGAGCAGGUGGUGGCGUUGCCAGGCGAGGCGGGCCUGGUGCUGUGCGGCAAUCCCGCCUGCAGCAGUCUGGAGGGUGACAGCGAGGCAGUGCUCAUGGCGGCGGGGGCUGCGGGACAGCAGCGGGGCGGCCGGGGUGGGGCGGCGGGCGGGGGCGGACGCAUCAAGACGUGCUCCCGCUGCGGUGCGGUGCGGUACUGCUGCGGUGCGUGCCAGCUGCAGCACUGGACCACGGGCGGGCACAUGGAGUCGUGUGCCGGGGCUGCUGGGGGCAGCGGCGGGGCAGGCGGUGGCAGCAAGGCCGGCAGGUGAAUUGUGGCAUGGGCUUACGUGUUUCUAGGCCGAGUCUCUUGCACAAGUGAACAUACAUGUGCGUGUAUGUGUAUGGCUCUGACAAGGUGAUACGGUGUUAUCGUACUGCAUUGCAUUUGUUACUGCAUUGAUAGAUGCGAUGAAGCCGUGGCAGCGGAUAAACGCAUCUGGAGUGUGCGUGUGGGUGGCAAAUUGACAUACAUGUGUUGAUGGGGCGCCUAGCUGGUGCGUCUGCAAGUGUUCGGCCACGUCCAGCCUCAGAGAUUGCAUUGAUUACAAUAGGGACCUGUGAGUACGUGUGCGGGUUUGGCAGCGCAGCGAGUUGAUGGCGGGUACAGUACUGUGCAGGCACUACGGCCCGCUUCAGACGGCGCGCGCGAUUGGCUCUGGGACAGGCUUGCGUUGCAGGUCUGCUGGGCUGCGGGCUGGGGCCUAGGUGCGUGGCGGUGGCCUGAGACUGCGGUGUGUCAUGUAGAGGGGGCUCAGGCGUGCGUUGUAGCAUGCGUGCACUAUUCAUGCAGCAGGACAGGGAACUGAGUGCGCCCGGCUGCAGGGCCUUCGACAGCGCGGCUCUUGCUCAUCAGGAAAGCCAUUACGGUACUGUGGCCGGCCAAGGCAACCCAUGGCUUAACGCCUCUCAGACUCACUGUCGUCACUAAGCGGGGAAGAUACGGUGAUAGCUGCAAGCCAGGGAAGCCUUCCUGCAAGCGUUCCUGGUCCGCACUCC